AUGGGUACAGAGCAGAUCGAGCUGAAGGAGAGCACACAGCUCUCCAAGCGCUUCUAUUUCGCCUUCUUCUCCAUGUCUGUUCUGGCACUGGCUGCUGCUCUUUCAAUAACGUCGGUCUCUAUUGCGCUCAAGACAAUCGCCCAGGACUUCCAGCUGUCCACGCCGCGGACUUUCUGGCUGGGAACAUCAACUGCCCUCACCUCGACGAUCAUCCAGCCCUGCUGUGCAACAUUGGCCGAUGUUUUUGGCCGCAAAGUCGCGUUGACAGGCAGUGCGCUGCUCCUUACUGUUGGCUCGCUGAUGGGGGCUCUCGCGCCGAACUAUGCAACAAUUCUCGCAGGACGGACAUUACAGGGUCUUGGAUCAGGGGGGAUCUCUGCCCUGACUGAUAUUAUCGUCACGGAUCUCGUUCCAUUGCGCGUCCGGGGCAAGUGGUUCGCUUUCAUCAGCGUGCCCUGGGCCAUUGGGACGACAAUAGGACCUGUCCUCUCUGGCAUUCUCACGACGGGAGGAUCAUGGCGAUGGGUUUUUGGAAUCAACGUCAUCGCCACUACAAGCGCAGCCGUCGCCUGCUGGAUUGCAUUGCCGCAAAUACCCAGCGCUCAGCAUACUGUGUCAACCCUCGUCCAGGUAGACCUUGCUGGAUUCCUGUUGCUGUCGCUGUCGUUGGUGGCUAUUCUCGUGCCCAUCAUGCAGGCUUCGGUCGUAUACCCCUGGGAUGACGCGCAUACUCUGGCGCCGCUCAUUAUCGGCGUCUUGGGGCUUUGUUUCUUCCUCCUCUACGAGCAAUACUGGGCUCGUAACCCCCUUAUUCCCCUCGCGCAGUUCCAAAACCGCACCUGUCUGCUCACGUUCUUCUGCUCCAUGCUGCACGGUAUGGCCCUGUGGUGUAUCAUGUACUACCUGCCCGUCUACUACGAGACCAUCAAAGGGUUCAGCAGUCUCGACAGCGGACUGGCCGUGCUACCCGAGACUCUAACACUAGUCCCUGCGUCUAUUCUCAUCGGCUACCUGGUGAGCUGGAGCGGCAGUUACAGAUGGGCGAUAUGGCUCGGUUGGGCCGUGUCGACCUUGGGUUCGGCGCUCUUAUAUCUUCUCGCCCCUGAAACCUCGAAAGGCGCAUGGAUCGCCCUCAAUCUGCCUGUCGGAGCGGGCAUGGGUCUUUUAUUCGGUGCAAUGGGGUUUGCAGUGCAGGCUGCUGUAGAUCCUGGGCGGGUGUCGUUGGCUGUGGCCCUGUAUUCGUUCUGGCGCUCAUUUGGUGCUGCUAUUGGGAUCUCAGUCGGCAGUGCUAUUGUAUCUAGUGCCGAAUCCUCGUCUCCAGCUGCAGCCUUGAUUGAUUCGAUGAAUGCACUACGGCGUGUUUGGAUCUUCUGCGCUGUUGCGUGUGCUGUUGCCCUGGUGGGGAGCCUUGGGAUUGAGUCUCUCUCGCUGGAUGCGCCUUUGAAGAGAAAGGAUUCAUCUAGUGAUGAUGCUUCUGUUGGCACAACUGAGAAGCAGUAA